AUGCUGGCGGACGCCGGUCUCAUCCAGACCAGCCUGAUCUGGGUGACGUACGCUGGCGCCGUGGCCCUCUGCCUCAUCGCGGCCGCCGUCACGACCCUGACGUGGCAGACGCCGCGCGAGCGCUCCGCCGUCGUCAGUGCCGUCGCCGUCAUCAGCCUGACGGCGCUGCUCGCCACCGUGCUGCUGCUCCCCGUCGACAUCGCCCUCGUCUCCGCCACGGGGUCCGCCCGGCUCGGCGUCAAGAAGCCCUGGGCCACGCCCGGCCGCGUCGCCGACCUGCUCCUCGCCCUCAAGGUCCUCUACUACACCCUCUACAGCCUCGACGCCCUACUCUGCCUGCUCUUCAUCCCCUUUGCUUACUUCUGGUACGAGGAGUAUGACGAGAUUGAGUUCGAGGAGGAGGGGCGCACCUGGCGCUCCCGCCUCUGGGCCGCCGCCAAGUACACCCUCUUCUUCGUCGCCCUCGUCGUCGCCCUCUUCCUCGUCGGCUUCUUCGUGCCCGCCGCCGGCCGCGGCGACCUCGAUGGCCCCCAAAGCUGGAGCUGGAGUUGGAGCGGCAGCCACUCUGACUAUCUGCAGCUCAUCGCGCAGAGCAACGGCGAAAAGGCACUCACGUUCGCGCUCGGCCUGCUCGUCACCCUCGGAACGCUCCUCUACGUCGUCUACACCGGCGCCGGCCUCGCUCUCAUGCCCAUCUCCUUCAUCCAGUCCGCGCCUGGAGUCUCGGCGCCGCGCCUCUCCGCCGCCACCGCCUCGCAACUCGAGCAGAACCGUGAGCGCCGCCGGCAACUAGAGAUGCGCUACGCCGGUCGCAGUGACGGCGACGGCAACGGAGCCACCGCUAUGACUCGCAAAGACCGCCGCGAGCUCGACGCCCUUAUCCGCGAGGAGCAGACGCUUGUCCGUCGUGAGCGUCUCGCCGCUGAGGCACAGGGUGAGGGUCGCAGCGGCCUCCACCGCGCCUGGCUGCGCGUCUGCGCCUUCUUCCGCCCCGUCAAGAUGGCCGGCGGCAUCGCGCUCCUCAUUCUCUCCGUCCUCAUCGCCGUCUCCAUGCUAAUCACCGGCAUCGACAAGGCCACGCACUCGGCGUGCAAGCGCCGCUGCGGCUAUCUCGUCGAUCACAUCCGCGUCUUCCAGCCCAUCAACUGGAUCUUCGUGCAGGCCGCGCGCGCCUUCCCCGUCGACUACGUGCUCAUGGCCCUGCUCGUGCUGCACCUCUUCAGCAGCUCCGUCUCGGGCAUCGCCGCCGUCGGCAUCCGCUUCCUCUGGAUCCGCGUCUUCCAGGUGCGCCGCGGCCGCACCGCGCCGCAGGCCCUCCUCAUCGCCACCGUCAUGCUCGGCCUCGUCACCCUCGCCGUCAACUACGCCGUCGCCAUGUUCGUCGCGCCCCAGUACGCCGCCUUCGGCACCCAGACCUUUUGCAGCCUCGACCCGCCCGCCGCCGGCCGCAACCCCGACUGCCGCAACCGGCCCGACGCCGUCCUGCCCUGCGGCGCCCGCGCACGCGAGUUCCCCUUCGCCGCCCGCGCCUGCACCCCCUCGGUCGCCUCCACCUUCCUCAGCCGCAUCACCGUCACCUGGCCCUUCUUCGGCAUCGUCGCCUUCUGGGGCCAGUUCGCGCUGCUCGCCGUCUUCGCCGUCGUGCUCGUCACCGCGGCGUUCCGCCCGCCCCGCGUCAACCUCGCAGAGCUCGACGAGGACGCCGAGGAGGACGAGGAGGAGAGCCUGCUGGCGGCCACCGGCCGGCGCUUCGCCGCGAGCUGGGAGGACGCGCGCACCAGCGGCGGCAGUCGCGGGAGCAACAGCAAUAACAACAACUCCCGCAGCUAUGGCACAGCCAAUGCUUAA